CCAGCCUGCUGUCCUCACCUUCGUCUCCCCUUCAAUAAGCUGAGGACCAUGUCGCCUCUUCAGACGCCAUCCCACCGGUGCUCCCAUUGUGCGAGGGAGUUUGUUCGUGCUGAGCACCUCGUCCGCCACGAACGGAUCCACACCAAGGAAAAGCCCUUCAGCUGCAAGUUGUGCGAGAAAAGCUUUUCCAGGACAGACCUACUCCGUCGUCAUGAAAAGAAAUCCCACCCGUCUCGUCUU